UUCCCUCUGAGCAGCACCAAGAACCUCGCCUCGCCCUUUUGUAUCACUAGCUGUUCACUACCUCAUCGUCUCGAUCUGGUUGUUGUAACUUGUAAGUCAAUCCUCUGCCCGUCUUCUUCAUGAUCUCUCCUAUCUCGUAUUUCAGUUUCCCUGUCUUUCUUCAUCGUCAUCUCUCUCUCUCUCUCUCUCUCUCUCUCUCUCUCUCUGAUACACCCACACACCAAACGAAAAUUCCAUUUGCUUGAUUAGCUUCUUAUAAAAGAUAUCUCCGACACAUUCAUCGGGUUCUUAAACUAUACUCCACCCUCUCUCACCCGCCCCUCCGACCUACCGCUCACCUUCUCCUUCUCCUCUCCCCUUUCUUUUUUCCAACCACUGCCCCUUUUAGGCUUUUAAUCCAUCAAUCUCAACAGCAACCCGUUUCUCUUCUAUCCGAGCAACAGAGAUGAAGCCAUCGCUGCUGCAGCAGAUCCACAACACCCGCCGGAGCAACAGCCUUCGAUCAUCAUCAUCCCCGCAGGAUGGCGGCAGCGGAGCCGCCGAAGCCGCCUUUCGCUCCCCCGCUGGCGCCUUCUGGCUCCUCCUUCAUGCUCUCUGCUGCCUCAUCAGCCUUAUCCUCGGCUUCCGCUUCUCCCGCCUUGUCUUUUUCAUCAUUUUCUCUUCCACGGUCACUAAUAUCUACACCAACUCCCCUGUAUUCAGCGCCACGACGACAACGACUACCACGACGACCACGACGACCACCACCACCCACACCGAAACCUUAACCCUACCCUUGCCGCCACCGGCCGCUGAUAUUCUGGCGCCGAACCGCACCAGGAGCCGCGUGGUGGUCGGCCGUCACGGGAUCCGGAUCCGGCCAUGGCCGCACCCCAACCCGGCCGAGGUGAUGCGUGCGCACCACAUCAUGGAGCGGGUGCAGCGGGAGCAGAGGAUUCAGUACGGCGUUAAGGAAUCCCGCCCCAUCAUCGUUGUUACACCGACUUACGUCCGCACCUUUCAGGCGCUACAUCUCACAGGCAUCACCCACUCUCUUAUGCUUCUUCCUUACAAUCUGACCUGGAUAGUGGUCGAAGCCGGUGGUGUUACAAACGAGACCGCCGGAAUUCUAGAAAGAUCCCGUCUCCCGUUCCUCCACAUCCCCUUUAUCGAGAAAAUCCCUCUUCGUUGGACCGACCGACACCGGAUGGAAGCCCGCAUGCGCCUCCAUGCCCUCAGGUUGGUGAAAGAGCGGAUGUUGGAUGGGAUUGUAGUGUUUGCCGAUGAUAGCAAUAUGCAUAGCAUGGAGUUGUUUGAUGAAGUCCAGAAGGUGAAGUGGGUGGGGGCGCUUUCUGUCGGAAUUCUUGCACAUUCAGGCAAUUCCAAGCCGAUGUCUGAUAAAGAGCCAACUGAGGAGGAGAAGCAGAAUGCUCCGUUGCCUAUUCAGGGUCCGGCUUGUAACUCCUCUGGUCACUUGAUCGGCUGGCAUACCUUCAAUUCUUUACCAUAUGCGGAUAAGAGUGCGACCCUUGUAGGCGAGAUAGGAACUGUGCUGCCCAUGAAGCUGGAAUGGUCUGGGUUUGUGUUGAACUCUAGGGUGCUCUGGGAAGACGUUGAGAGUAAGCCGGAUUGGUUCAGGAAUCUGGAUGAUGUGGGGAAGGAUGGGGAGGAGAUUGAGAGUCCGUUGGCUUUGCUCAAGGAUCCAUCUUUUAUUGAGCCGCUGGGGAACUGUGGGAAGAAGGUGCUUCUAUGGUGGCUCCGUGCUGAAGCCAGAGCGGACAGCAAGUUUCCCCCUGGAUGGAUCAUCGAUCCUCCUCUGGAGAUCAUUGUCCCUGCAAAGAGAACUCCAUGGCCAGAGAUUCCCCCAGUCCUUCCCCAUGAGACUGUCUCCAGCAUCCAAGAACAUACAGAAAAACAGUCCACGAGGUCCGGUAGAUCUUCCAGACCGAGACGAGCUUCUCGCAGCAAGAAGAAGCAUGACCCUCUUGCUCAGAUUUCUGUAGCGGCCCAAAAGCAACAAAACUGAGGCUACAAAGAUCCAUCUGUACAGGCAUACUUCUGUUACUCUACACUAUUCUACUACAAUAUCAAUAGCUUUGCUUGGCUUGCCUUUCAUUGUUGCAGCUCUACCGAAUCCUUAAGGCUUCAUUUGGGACCGUUUUUUUCCUGCUUCUUGAAGCAGCUUUAUAGUAUAAAAAUUAAAUUUUUUGUACUAAAAAACUGCUUCAAGAAGCAGUAAAAAAAGCCGAAGUUGCCCAAUUUUACUGCUUAUUGCGCAGAAGAAACGCUAUUGAUUUGAGGAGUUCUAGGCUUUUCACAAAAUUCAAGCUGCUGUGGAUGUUUCUCUGAAGAUUUUUUCUGCAAGAUGAACGAGUAGUUUUCAUAAGCGUUUGGUUAUUAGGUCUGAUAUUAUAGUAUUUGAUCUUGCAGUAUUCUAUUAUUCAUUGACUUGUAUUCCUACAAAGAUACUUGUUGCCAUACAAGUUGUGUGUCAGACUUGCAUCAGUCCACAUUAUUUAUCUGAUUAAUUUUAUAGAUUUGCUUCCUAUUCA